GUUACUGCCGUACGCUUGUGUCUCGAGCGACCCCGCGAGUGAUGUCGCAGCAUGGUUGCUGCCCGUGUGAUCCUCUGUUGCCUGUGCGUGAUAUAUCUCGUGACCGCCGCGGCCGCCGCCCGGUCCCACCGACACCCCACACAACCUUCGCGCCAUAAACCAAAACACUCGGAAUUCGUUAAAGGAAAAAUAUGCAUUGGGACGAACGGUCGCAUGUCGGUUCCAUCGAACCGAGACACCCACUACCGGAAUCUUCGCGAUCGCUUCACAAACUGUACAUACGUCGACGGGAACCUCGAGCUGACAUGGCUUGGAAACGAGAACAUGGACCUCUCCUUUCUAAAGUACAUCCGAGAAGUCACGGGUUACGUCCUGAUUUCGUACGUGAACGUCAAGCACAUUGUCUUGCCGCAACUGCAAAUCAUCCGCGGCAGGACACUUUUCAAACUCAAUAUCCGAGAAGAACAAUUCUCUCUCUUGGUGACCAUGUCCACAGCAUUCACACUCGAGCUGCCGGCGCUGCGAGACGUCCUCCGGGGAAGUGUCGGCAUCUAUAAUAACUACAAUCUUUGCCAUGUUAAAACCAUAAACUGGGACGAGAUCAUUACCGGCACCAACGCAACAUACGUUUAUGCUUAUGACUUCCAAGCGGCUGAAAGGGAUUGUCCGCGAUGCCAUCCAAGUUGCGAAGCCGGCUGCUGGGGUGAAGGUCCCCAGAACUGCCAAAAGUUCUCUAAAACGAACUGCAGCCCCCAGUGUGACCAAGGUCGCUGUUUUGGCCCUAACCCACGGGACUGCUGCAAUGCUUUUUGCGCUGGAGGAUGCACGGGUCCUUUGCCUAGCCAGUGUCUUGCCUGCCGGAACUUUUACGAUGAAGGAACUUGCUCACAAGAAUGCCCUCGAAUGCAAAAGUACAAUCCCACGAAUUAUUCGUGGGAACCAAACCCUAAUGGAAAGUAUGCAUACGGUGCAACUUGUGUUAGAAAUUGCCCAGAGCAUCUACUCAAAGAUAAUGGAGCUUGUGUGAGAAGUUGCCCGCCAAACAAGACAGCUGUGAAUGGAGAAUGCAUACCAUGCAAUGUGACAUGCCCAAAAACUUGCCGAGCAGAAAAACCGAUUCAUUCGGGCAAUAUUGAAAGCUUUAGAGACUGCACAAUCAUAGAUGGUUCGAUUGAGAUUCUGGAAAUGACAUUUACUGGAUUCCAGCAUGUUAAUCCCGACUAUUCCUUUGGUGAGCGUUACCCAAAGAUGGAGCCAGAUGCGCUAGAAGUGUUCAGCACAGUGCGAGAAGUGACCGGAUAUCUGAACGUUCAGGCUCACCAUCCCAAUUUCACCAGUCUAUCCUAUUUCCGCAACUUAGAAGUUAUAGGAGGGCGACAAGUGGUAGAGAACCUUUUUGCCUCCUUGUACAUAGUAAAAACUUCUCUUGAAUCCUUGGGACUGAAAUCUCUGAAAAGAGUAAACUCUGGCGCAAUAGCAAUUAUGGAAAACAGAAACCUAUGCUUCGCUGACAGGAUCGCUUGGAAUAAAUUGGUGAAAUCUAAAGACCAUAAACAAAUCAUACAGAACAAUAGCGAUUUGAGAUCAUGUGAAAAAGCAAACUUGGUGUGCGAUCCUCAAUGCUUGGCGGACGGCUGCUGGGGACCCGGACCUGAUCAGUGCCUCUCCUGCCUAAACUACAAGUUUGGCGAAAUAUGUAUCCAGAACUGCAGUGUGAAACCUGGGUUGUACAAAGCGGGUCCGAAGACUUGCAGGCAGUGUGAUGCAGAAUGCUUAGAUGGCUGUACAGGACCAAGUCCCGCGAACUGCACCAGGUGUAAGAAUGUUCGCGAUGGCCCAUUCUGCGUCGCCGAAUGCUUAGAAACAAGAUACCCUUCAGAGAACGGCACGUGCGAACCAUGCCACGUCAACUGCCACAAUGGCUGCACUGGACCAAAGAAUACCGUAGGCGAAGGAGGCUGCAACUCUUGCAAAAAAGCCAUUAUUAGCGUAGAAGCAACGGUUGAGAAAUGCCUGGCUGAGAACGAACUGUGCCCAGAUGGGUAUUAUAACGAGUGGGUAGGCAACGUCAAGCCUUUAGAAGGCAAAGUAAAAGUCGUCUGUCGCAAGUGUCACCCACUGUGCAAAAAAUGUACCGGUUUCGGUAUUCACGAGCAAGUCUGUAAAGUCUGCAAUGGCUUCAAGAGAGGUGACCAAUGCGAGGAAGAAUGUCCCACAGACCAUUUCACCGACGAGGAAUUCAGGACAUGCACACCGUGUCACAGCGAGUGCCGCGGUUGCACUGGUCCCUCCUCCACUGAUUGUAUUAAAUGCCAAAAUCUAAAAAUUUUCCUUACUGAAGGCAAUAACUUUGACAACACUUCAGCUUUCAAUUGCACAGAUACGUGCCCAGAAAACUUUCCUCAUAAGAUAUUCUUUGACGAAUUGUUACAAAAUCCGAUCGACGAACCUUACUGCUCAGAGUUAGCCAAUGGUCUCAUCCCUAAUUUGACGACAGCAAGGACUCCUACAGUUCUAAUCAUAAUCCUGGUUUUAGCUUUAUUGCUUUUGGUGAUUCUCGGUAUAAUAGGUUAUACCUGUCGUCAAAAAGCAAAAGCUAACAAAGAAGCAGUAAAAAUGACUUUAGUACUGACUGGAUGUGAAGACAACGAACCUUUACGACCGACAAAUGUAAAGCCAAACUUAGCCAAGCUGAGAAUAGUCAAGGAAGCAGAACUUCGCCGGGGUGGCAUGCUAGGUUUUGGAGCAUUUGGUAAAGUGUACAAAGGUGUUUGGGUGCCAGAAGGCGAAAACGUCAAGAUUCCUGUAGCCAUAAAAGUUCUGAAAGAAGGCACCGGUGCCAAUUCUAGCAAAGAAUUCUUAGAGGAAGCUUAUAUCAUGGCCAGUGUAGAGCACCCUAAUCUUUUGCAAUUAUUAGCAGUUUGUAUGACUAACCAGAUGAUGCUUAUUACCCAGUUGAUGCCUCUAGGGUGUUUACUUGACUACGUAAGAACACACAAAGAGAAAAUAGGAUCCAAAGCAUUUUUGAACUGGUGCACCCAAAUUGCGCGAGGUAUGUCAUAUUUAGAAGAGAAGAGAUUAGUGCACAGAGAUUUGGCCGCAAGAAAUGUUUUAGUACAAACGCCGAAUUGUGUUAAAAUUACAGAUUUCGGUUUAGCAAAACUUUUAGACAUAAACGAAGACGAGUACAAAGCGGCUGGAGGCAAAAUGCCCAUCAAAUGGUUAGCGUUGGAAUGCAUUCAGCAUAGGAUAUUUACGCACAAGAGUGACGUUUGGGCUUUCGGUGUUACGAUAUGGGAAAUACUAAGCUAUGGCGCUCGCCCAUACGAGAACAUAUCGGCGCGGAAUGUGCCAGAAUUAAUUGAAAAUGGUCUGAAAUUACCACAACCGGGUAUAUGCACGUUGGACAUUUACUGCAUAAUGGUCUCAUGUUGGAUGUUGGACGCCGACAGUAGACCGACAUUCAAGCAGCUGGCUGACACCUUUGCGGAAAUGGCGAGAGAUCCGGGCAGAUAUCUCGUUAUUCCAGGAGAUAAAUUCAUGCGUCUCCCGUCCUACUCUACUCAGGAUGAGAAGGAGUUAAUAAGGAACUUAUCCUCAGCCAUGGAAGGUCCCGAACCACUCGUUGAAGCAGACGAAUAUCUGCAACCCAAGUUCCAAACGGUUCCUGGUACCGCUACUACGUCAGUAGUCAGUGUCGGGAUAGAGACACAAACGAGCUCUCUUAAACCGUGCACAUCAUCUUCGUGGGCUAACAAUGUCACAAGCCCAGAUGGCGUGACCACAGACGGUUCCAACAAACCUGAAACGUGGGAUCACGAGUUGCUAAGAUACAACCAAACCAACCCAGAUGGCUCAGAACUACGACACUACUACAACCACGGCGUAUGUGCCUCAGACAGCUCCAGCUCAAGGUAUUGCAGCGACCCUAUGAAGGUCCGCGCGGAGUGCACUUUAGAAGCUAACUUCGACGCCAUGUCGAAAGCUAAAGAAGCACAAGUGGGGAACCUGAAGUUGAAUUUGCCACUGGACGAGGACGAUUAUUUGAUGCCUUCGCCACAGCACAAUCAGAACGCAUCGACGUAUAUGGACUUGAUAGGGGAGGGCGGGGAAAUUGAGGAAGGUCAAGACGAGAAGGAGUUGCGUUAUAGCAGUUUCGUGGGACCGAAGCGGUGUGUGGAUAACCCGGAGUACUUGAUGUCGGAGGAGAACGUGCCGGCGCAGACUCUGGGUAUCCCUACGGAGCCGGUGCCCCUGGAGUCGAUGUGCGUGAGCGAGGGCAGCGGGAGCGAGAGCACGCCGCGGCCCGGCACCAGCAAGUACCUGCCGCAGCGGUCGGUCGAGGAGGAAUCCAUGUCCGACCACGAGUACUACAACGAUCUCCAGCGCGAACUGCAGCCCCUCCGAAGAAACGAGACCACAGUGUGAGUGCAACAUUGCCACAGUGUGAUAUUACAACGUAUAGACUGAUCUCCCGCGACUAUUAACUCUAAAGUAAGCGCGCCCGCGCACCCCCUGUGCCAUUGGUGUGAUGGCUAGUGUUAGCUUGUUGAUAUAAAUCGACUAAGAAUUUUAUUAGUUUUUAAGGACCAUUUUUGUUAAAUUUUUCUACCUAAAAAUGUAAAGGAACUGUUAUAAUAUGUAUUAGUAAUAUGCAUAAAAUAUUAUUUCAUUUUAGGUGCUCGCACGAUGCUCUUAACAAUAUAUAAGUUAUUUAUUAAUUUAGUUAUAAGGAAGGCUAUGUUUACGUUACUCGUAUGCUGUAGCGUUAAGUAGCUAGGCGAGUGUUAUUUUUAUUUUAAACUGUGAUAAUUAGUUUAAUUUUAAUACGACGGAGACCAUGAAACGAGCUGAGUGUAAAAGGCUUGGUAGGGACGUAUUUGUAGAUGGUGUUGCCAUUGACUAUGUACUUAAGAGGAGCCGCAGCUGCUUAGUCUUUUUCAGUGGAUUUUUCUGUUUUUUUGCCAUUUAAUAGCACUAGAGCAAAGAUUUAGCGCUAUUUUAGGAACUAAACAGGAAUAAUGUACGUUUGUAUGACUAAGUGCUUUCUGAAAUUUCCUCUUAAGGGUGCGUGGACACGAGCGGUCGCUCAAAUACAUUCACAAACCCAUUGUGAAUAUUUAAAUAAUAUUCCAUAAACAUUCCUCUUGUAAAACUACAAUUUCCACGAUCAUUACCGAUAUAUUCCAAUCUCAUUCCUCUAAUAUCGUUAAGUAACGAAUAAAUACGUAGAUGAAUUUAUAAUUAAUCUCCAUUAUCAAGCAAGCCAGUAAUCAUAUUCUUGCCGUUUAAUAUUGAUUUUAAUCAAUAGCUAAUACAUGCAUUUUAGCUAACUUGCCUUUUACUCAGUCUACGUGCAAAUUUCAAUUUGUAUAUUAUUUCUUAUACUUGUACAUAUACAUUAUUUGUUUAAUAUAAACUGUAAACUUGAUAAAUUUUUACAGCAGGCCACAAAAGACAUAAAUUUUAAGUUAACUAUAUUAUUUUAUAUGAGCUGUCUCUUAGCACAAAAAAGCUCAAAUUCCCAACUUAAUGCAAAUAUAACUAUACAUUUUACCUAUUAUUAAUUAGUUAAGUGUUUGUUUUAUAGUUAGACCAAACCACAUUUGCCAUGUAUUUGUAAAUAAUAUUAAAUUGCUACGCUAUUGUACAUAAAAGUAGUGAUCAGAUAUCAAAUUAUUGUAUGUACUUGCAUAUAAAAUAAAGUUUUUAAAUGUAAUAUAAUGAAUCAUUUGCUCUUUUGAAGCUCUAAAUUUUAUUGUGCCAUCGAAUAUGAAAUAGAUAUAAAUCUACGGAUAAAUACAUAUAAAGACAAAUUAUAUAUGCUACUUGUUUUAGUCUGCGUCAGUAGAGUUAGGUCAUCUUCGUAAUAAUAAUUACUUAUUAAAAAUCUACUUAAAAUAUUGGAUUGUCUCAGUGAUCUCAAUGUUGCAGUCAAUUUCAUUCACAUCACUAUAGACAAUGAAAAUUCAGUGUAUAUGUAUGUUAGUCGUCAUUUGUUGCAAGAUAGCUAAUUUCUAUUGUAGCGGACUAUGUUUAUAUGCAUGACAUAAAGUCAUAUGUUGUUGUAUGUUGAUGUCAUGUAUAAGUAAACAUAUUAUUGUGUUGCACGAUUGCAUUUCGUCGAAUACAAAUGUAUGAUAAGUUUUACAUGGCUAACAUAUUGUUUGUGUGUAGAUAUACUAUGCGUCUUGGGGUAACGACGCGAUUUAUGUUGGUACUUGUACCUUUAUAAAUGAAAAUUAAAUAAA